CUGCGGUCUUACCGAACACAUUUUCUUGUUUUUUUCUUUCGUGGAAAUGGAAAUUGAUUUGGGAUUCGCGGAAAAAAGUGACGAUGCCGCCUGGCUAAGUAACCGUUACUUUCCCAGCAAGUUGGGUGGACAGCCAGCCUGGCUGGAACUGGACUUACUGCCGUCCACGUCGCAGAUGCAGUGCAGCAAGUGCCAGGCUCCCAAAUCCUUCCUGGCCCAGCUCUACGCCCCCUUCGAGGAUGACUUCAACUUCCACCGCUCGAUCUAUGUGUUUCUCUGCCGGAAUCCCGACUGCCAGGAGGCCCAGAGUGCGGGGAAUUUCACAGUGCUGAGGUCACAGUUGCCGCGUAAAAACAAGUUCUUCGCUGAGGAGGAGCCAAGCGAUGUGGGAGGUCCCUUGCCCUCCGUUACCGGCCCGAAGAAGUUGUGCGCCGCCUGUGGAUGCCAUGCUCCUCACGCCUGCAGCAAAUGCAAGGCUAUCCACUACUGCUCCUCGGAGCACCAGCGGGCCCACUGGCCACAGCACAAGCCAAACUGCGGAGCAUCAGGAGGAUCCACUGCUAAAUCUCUGCCCCAAAUAGUCUUCCCAGAAUUCGAGAUUGUGAUGGACAGCAAUCCCAUAGAAUCCGGAGAGGAAGACAAAGACGACGAGGCUCGCUUGGCCGAGUUUCAGGAGCUGGAGGCCAGUGGUAAGACGGGAGACCUGAGCAACGUUUCAGAGGCGGAGAUGGACAAGUACUUUGGAAACAAUACGGCUGCCGAUGACAAGACCUUCCGUCAGUUCAAAAAGCAAACGGCCGCCGAACCCGAUCAAAUUGUGCGAUACAAACGGGGUGGUCAGCCGCUGUGGAUCACCAACGUGGCCACAACUGUGGAGGAUCAACUUAAGGAGCUGCCCAACUGCGCAGUUUGUGGAGGUGCCCGCCAGUUUGAGUUCCAAAUCAUGCCGCAAAUGCUGACUCUACUCGAAGACGAAAACCUCGACUGGGGCGUCCUGGCGGUGUACACUUGUGCCAAGAGCUGCCCCAUCGAGGGCUACGUGGAGGAGCUGCUUAUCAAGCAGGACAUUGCGGCGGAGGAACAGAGUUGACAUUAAAAUGCAUACAUAUAAA